GCAUGAAGAGAGAAUAGAAAGGAAAGACAUUAGAGAGGAAGUACUCGUGCUCUCAUCCUCCUUCCCCAUAUUUUCAUUCUUCUUCUUCCUUCGUUUUUCCGAACCCUGAAAACCUAAAAAAAUCAAAAUAUCUGUUGAUUCUCUCUGAAAUCUCCUUCUUCAAACUUCGAACCCUGAAUUUUAUAUCUUCAUCGUUUCCAAUCUCUAUUACGAACCCUUGUUUGUUUUAUUUCCCUCCUUCAUUCGUUUCGAUUCAAAACCCUAAAUCGUCCGAGUUUGCACCGAUUCGGAACGUUGUAACUCGCCAGCCCAAUUAUGUUUCCCCCUUUUUAUAUAACUCUCUUGCUAAUUCGUUAAACCUAGUUCAUAUUUAACGGUCUAAAUCUUUGCUCUGGUGUUGUUCAUCGAUUCCCCUCGAGUUUUGGAAGGCUGUUCUUGUUCGAAUUUGAAAAAAAAAGGCGGGUUUUGUUGCUCAAAUACGUAAACCUAGGUUCGUGUAAAAUAUUAGGGCACCAAUUGUGAGUUUCUCUUGCUUAUUCAAUUUAGGGCUUUUAUUUAUUAGUGUCUUCUCAAAUAUCUAGGGCACCAAUUGGAUUCGUUUUCCUAAAACUAGGGCAUCACUUAAUUUGUCAUGACAUUUGAUAUCUUGACUAACUCGGGUAAUUCAUGUUAUUGGUCAUUGAAAUGCGGUAGCUUUUGAGUAGUUUGUCCAAGGUUGAAUUUUGAUUGUGAAUCUGAUAUUGGUUAUUGAGUUAGUAGCUGGUUGGUCUGCAAGUGGACAUAGUAAUUUGAUAUUCGUUAAUUGGAGAGAUUAGUUGAGUUUUAUUGAUUGUUAUCAUUGGUGAUUGCUCAUUUGGAAGGGCAAUGGGAGUGGUUUAACUGAUGAGAAAAAGAUUUGAUUCAACUGGGAGAUGAGCGGACAUGAGUAGGCUGUCAUUUAGGCCUCGUCCUCUCGACAUUCAUAAGAAGCUUCCAAUUGUUAAAUCUGUUAAGGAAUUCGAAGAUGAUGAUAAUACUACCUCCACACGCAAUUCUAUAUUCCGACUUACUUCUGAGGUUGAGAAUGAGGUUCCAGCAACGCCCACUAAGAAAUAUGCUCCCGAGAUACCUACUCCACAGUUUGAUAUCGUGGAUACAUAUGAAAUUGAUUAUACCCCAACAUUUGGUCAGCCAACAUCUUAUUUACGAGGAAGGGGAGCCCGGGCUGAAAUUGGAGAGUUCGUUGAGUACGAUCUGGACAACGAGGACGAGGAUUGGCUUCAAGAGUUUAACAAUGAAAGAGAGAUUCUUACAGCUGAAAAGUUGGAGAUUCUUCUUUUCAAGUUAGAGGUCUUGGAUCACAAGACUCGAGAAAGAGCAGGUGUUAUAAUACCUCUUGGUUCACCAGUUCCUGCUCUUUUACAGCUUGAUGUUGCCAUUGAGCUCUUGUUAGCGCAAUCUGUACGAUACAACGUUUGUCAAUCUGUAUAUAGCUACUGGAAAGAAAAGAGAGACCGGUGGCACAAGCCCAUACUUCGUCGGUUGCAGCCCCCACCACCAGUGAACGAUACCAAUCCGUACAAUGUAUUUAGGCCUAGGGAGAAAGCCCAUCGAUUACACACUAGAAGGAUGCAAAGGAGGGAAAACAAUGUUCAAUCAUUUGAAAAGCUACGUCAGGUCAGGCGCAACCUGGACCAGGCUAAAACAGUAAUAGAGGCUUUGAUCAAGAGGGAGGAGAAGAAAAGAGAGGUUAUGGAGAGUGAGAUCAGUCUUCAACGGAUUCAAACCAAGUAUAAGAAUGAGACUCAGCUCAUUGAAGAUGGUUUCGACUUACUGGGGGCCUACCCUCCAAGAUUCGGGUCCGAGGAUGAUUUCAUGGAUUCAGAUGACCUUUCAAACGGUUACUCCCGAAGCACUCGACCGGUUGCAGCACAGAAUUCUCCUUUCACGGAUUCCAAGCUUAUGAUGGUUCCGACAAGUCGCUUGAGUAGACGACAACCGUAUCAGGGAUGGCUUCAGAGAAGGGAUCCAAAUGAGCCAGUUUUAUUAUUUACCAAACCUUUAGAUUCGGAGAAGUUGGCCAGUGCAGGGAUUGUUCCUCCCCCAAAUCCUCCAAUAGAAAAUGGUGGUCUGUCUUCACCGAAUUAUUGUUUCCGAGGGCGGAUUGGAAGAGGUGGCAGGAUCGUGUUUGAUAGGUGGAAUCCGCUCCUGCAAACCCCAAUUGCUCAUGAUAAAACUUCUUCAUAUGUAUCACCAGGUCUCAGGCUCCCACCUCAUCAUGGUUAAAUUCAUACUAGUUAUUCUACAAAUUUUUUUACUCGGGGCUCAGCACCUGAGUUAAAAGCCAAAACCAGGUGGCCAUCCCAAUGUGGUAGGCUGGUGAAUCCAUGUAAGGGAUUCCCGUUUUACCUUUUCAGUUCUACUGGUGGGAUCCAGGAUUAUCAUCCGAGAGGCCAGAAAGUUAAUCUAUCUUGGGAAGCAAAGCCUGGUUCGGGUUAUUUGUUAUUUUUGCACAGGCAGUGGAAAUGCAGUGUACCACGAUGACCAAGCAAAAAUCGGAGCACCAGCAAAUGAAUGAGACGGUGUAUGUUGACAUGAGCCCUAGACUUAAGUGGCUUGAAACCAGUUUUAGGGCAGUUGUAGAUGUUGAUGGUGAUGUUCACGUCCUCUUUGCUGUUCAUUUUUGCUGUGUAGUCUCUCCCUUGACCGGUGGUUCCCUACCCCAUACCCGUAUUGUACAAUUAUGUCAUGUCCACCUGUUUCUUGUUCUACUUCAAGUUAACUUAGAACUCUCACAGAAAUGUGAUGUAUCCUCUCUUAAAGUUCGAUUUUGUUCAUCAUUUAACCCAGUGAUGUAAAAAUUUCACAUCACUGAUCAGGUGUUCUGAAAAUUAUGAAAUAUAACAGAGAGAGACAGCUUUCCCA